AUGAGUGAGAACCUGCUUGUAAUUAACCUCGCCGUAUCCUCGCCUCUCUCCCCCCAGGUGACGUGGACCAAGCGGGACCAGGACCAGCUGCUGACGGCCGGCGUGCAGGUGUACUCCUCGGGCACCAGGUACUCCGUGGCGCACGUCAGGCACCAGAAGCUGUGGGAGUUGUCGGUGCGUGACGUGCGGCAGAGCGACGCGGGGCUCUACGAGUGCCAGGUGACGUCCCACCCGCCGGCCUCACUCUUCUUCACGCUGCGGGUCGUGGAGGCCAAAGCGGUGCUGGAGGCGGGCCCCGAGGUUCACGUGCACACUGGGGUCAAGCUUCGGCUGCGGUGCACGGUGCAGGACGCCACCAAACCCCCGGACUACAUCUUCUGGUUCCACAACAACACGAUGGUGAACUAUGCGUCGCGCCGCCCCAUCUCCGUCACGCACCAGGAGUUCGUGUCCACGCUGCUCAUCGGGAACGUGUCCUGGAGCGACGCCGGGGCCUACCGCUGCGAGCCCCACCUGGCCCACGCCGCCAACCUGACGCUGCAUGUGCUGGAGGGAGAGAAGCACGCCGCCUUGCACAACGGCCACAGCGAAGACUCCGACGCCGCCCCCGCCGCCGCCGCCGCCAGCCCCGCCCGCCCCCGCCCGCUGUGGCCCCUGCUCGCCGCCUGCUGCUGGCUGGGGCUGCUGCGGCACAGGCGACUGGCGGCGACCUGCUUGUAGUGCUGCUAAGAGUGUUUGCGUGCAUGUGGGAGUGUGUGGGAGUGUGUGAAUGUGAGUAUGUCUGGUGUGUGUUGGUGUGUGGUGGCCGCUGGAGUCGUUGUGUUUCAGAGGAACUAUGUUAUGGCGCCGCAACGGUCCGUUCAUCAGAGGACGCGCUGCAGCAGCCACAGGCCUCGACCCGGGAGGACUCAAGGGCAAAAACACGUCACUUGGCACAACAGCCACUCAGACCGGAGCAAUGGCCGCCGCCGCGAUGAACAGACUCUUGCCGCGCCACGAUUAUAUACAAACAAACGAUAUUAUUAUGUAUGUAUAAGCUGAACCCAAUAUUACCCUCAUGUAUAU